AAGGGAACAGAAGAACAGCUCCAACAAAAUGGGGAGAAAAGGCAACGAGACCUGUAGCACCAACCUGCCUGUGUCCAGCAUCUCUCAGGAGAAUCUCUCUCAAUGGAGCCAUGAUGCAGAAGAACUCUUUGAUGAAAAGGAAAGCUUCUUAUCUGAAAACGAUGGUGCGGCAGGUGGCAAGACUAACAAGAACCAUCUGGAAAAUCCGGCAGAACAGCUGGUAUUGCAGCUGACCGUAUCAGAGCAUGCUCACAGUAGAUCACAGAACAGUAAUCAAGGGGUAUUUCAGCUAUGGAGUUCUCCUGUUAAUAAAGGAAGUACCAUAGAUAAAAGAGAAUUCAAAAAAUCGUCAGUGGAAACUGGCUUCAGUGCAGCCAACAGUCCCAGGCUCUUCACUGUAAACCACUUAUUAGCAAGUAUUCCGAGUUUGACAGAUAGCAAGCAAGUCAUUGCUUACCCUGGCCAGUCAAUGCCAGCAGGUCUGUGCUGGCCUUAUGCUGAUGGAGACUUUCUUAAGGAUAGAAAUGAGUUUCAUAUUAACUCGUUUUCAACUAUGGAAAACAACAAUGGUGACUCUUUAUCUGCUUCAAAUUGGAAUUUCAAAUACAGAAACUGCAGUGUGGAAGAAAGUAUCACAGACGAGAGUGACUUGUCCGAAAACGAGAAAAUGAAUGACUCUCUGCUCAGCUACUUUAAAAAGAUGGACCUGAAGUUAAAGCCAGAAAGGAUAGAACAUGUGGAGAGAGCUUUCACAGAGGAAGCAGACGAAGUGUCCGUAUAUGCCGACUUCCUCCCUGCCCCUUUCAACACUCUGGACCUGCACAGAUUUGCCUUCUCAAAAUGUGAAAGCUGGAGGGCAGCAGUGGACCCUCCAGAAAGUUCCAUUGAGCGUCUGAUAAUUCGUUUAUUAGAACUGGAAAGAUUACAACAUAUGACCAUACAGAGAGAGAGGCCAAGGCUCCAAAGCACUUUCUGCAGCACCAUGUUCUCCAUGGCAGAACGACCCUCUUCCUCUAAAGCCAUUGCACUGAAAGCCAAGCCACUGAAGAUUCCUGAAACAUCGACUCUCCAGACCUCUGGCAUAGAUAAAAAUCGAGACAAGAGAAAAAACAACUCUGGCAAGCCAGAACAAAAUGUUUCCAAAUGGAGUUUGAGCAAAAGUAAGUCGAACUCUAGACAGUUGCUAAAAUGUCCAUCCACUUCAAAACAGUGUGCCGUGGCUCAUGAUGAUCUAAAGAAUUCCAAAAACUCCAUUUUAAACUCUUGCCAGGAACCCCCACCCAAGCCUGCUACUACUACCCAAGCAACUCAACCAAUGGCUAAAGCGGUUUCAACAAGAUGCCUCGCACCGAGGUCCCCGAUGCCAGUUUCCCCUAUACCCCUGUCCUUCCCUGAAAAUCCAAGGGAAGAAGGUAAAGUGCCAAGGACCAAAAAGAAAUGUCACCGGAAAAGCAUACUACUGAAUAGAUCUUUCUAUAUUCAGAAGCGAAACUGCUUAUCACCUUCACUUAUAGCCAGGGGCAAGUGCUCACCCACUGACCAAAAAUAGCUUUCAUACAUCUCAAUGUGAGCGAAUCUAUUCCAUGAAACCCAGCUAAAAUAUGGUUCAUCAUUGAGACACAGGUAUUAGAAACAAAAACCUCACCCUUACAAAAUAAUUCCUUGAUAUGACAUGGGUAGAACUCAUGAAUGUCACUGCUGACUCUAUAUACAGUCAAGGGCUUCCUCACUGACAUUGACAAUCUUUUGUAUGUUAUACUUCGAAGAAAUGUCUCAUUUAGUAAAGCACACUAUUCAGAAGACUGUUCUUUUGUUGUGAUUGUUUUCCAAUGAUUCCAUCAUUAAUAAAUAGUAUAAUUGACUUAUUCU